CGGAGCGGUGGCAGUGGUCCCCUUCUGAUGGGAGGAUGGUUGUUCUCAGGCAGUUUGGGCUGCUGCUCUGGAAGAACUACAUCCUGCAGAAACGGCAGAUCUUGGUGACAGUCAUUGAAAUCUGCCUGCCUCUGCUCUUUGCCGCCAUCCUGAUAGCGCUGCGGCACCGGGUGCACUCCGUCAGCCACCCCAAUGCCACCAUCUACCCCGCCGAGUCCGUGGAUGACCUGCCAGGUUUCUUCUACCGCCGGCACCCCAGCAACCCCUGGGAGCUGGCUUAUGUCCCCUCCAACAGCAGCGCCGUCAGGAGCAUUGCUGAGGCAGUGGAGAGAGCUUUACCCAUCAGCAUCAGAGCUCAGGGCUUUGCCUCGGAGAAGGACUUUGAGGAGUACGUCAAGUCGGACAACCGCUCGGGCAGCGUGCUGGCUGCCGUCGUGUUCAAGCACCGCUUCCGUCAGAGCACGGCCCCGCUGCCCCUCCAGGUCAACUAUGAGCUGCGCUUCAAGUACAGCCCGAGGAAUGCCCCGCGGAGUGAGCAGACGGGUCUGAACCCCAACCUGGACCGGGACUGGCACACCAGCUACCUCUUCCCGCUGUUCCAGCUGCCUGGGCCCCGGGAGGCCAAGUUUGCUGAUGGGGGGACACCGG